AGUACGUGCCCAAGAGUUCCGUUCCCUACAAAACGAUGAACGAUUCAUCGUAACUACAAUCUGUCGAGAGGAAAAGGCAUUGUGUUUGAUAGAAGCCGUCUGUUAAGAUAAGGAACUGUUCAUAUAAAGGAGAUAUAAAUACUCAACUAUCUAUUCACAAAGUGGCAGCAUUAUCGAAGAGGUAUAAAAUCAAACGUUUCAUUUAAUUUCUGUGUCAACCCGUUUUGGAUUAACGGCAUCAAUAAGAGAUAACAGGUGACUGAAAACUACACUGCGUUGUUGAAAAGGAAAUACCAAAGAGGAGUCAAGCCAUCAGGAAAGUCCAUGUUGAAUCACUUACAGGAGAAAGUGUGGAAAUUUCUUGGAGAAAUAAUGGUCCGACAAAGUGAGGUUGAAUGGAGUAGUAAUUAUUGUCACUUGAAAAGCCACAAAAUUGUUCAACCAAGCAAAAAAGUUUAUGCUGCUGCAACAGGCCCAGAAGAUGGUGCAAAGAACAUUAUUCUAGAGCUGACCAGUAAACCAGAGUGUAAGAAAACCCAAAAAGUAAAAGAUUGUGAUCCAUUCAGGGAAUGGAUAAAGGGGCACUCCCGCGCUUAUGGAAUUGGAACCUCACUGUAUGACUGUAAUCCAAACACCAAUUUAUUUUCUGGAGACCCAGUGGCUGAUGUCUUUGCAGUGAUUGCGGGAGAAAAUAGUUGCAUUCUUGCUCUAGCUGAUGGCGUAAACUGGGGAGAGAAUUCUAGGUUAGCUGCACGUUGUGCUGUUGCUGGAUGCCUCUAUCAUUUAAGCAAGCAUUUGUAUACAGCAACUACAACUCAAGAGAUUAUGUCCAUGCUUUUUAAAGCAUUUGAGAAUGCACAGAAUUGCAUCAUUGAAAAGAAUGCAACAAUGACGACUCUUUGCGUGGCUGUCAUUUGUCAACUUAAAGAAACGGACAGAUGGGGACUUUGUGUUGUCAAUGUUGGGGACAGCCUUGCCUUUGUUUACAGAAAAAGCAAGGGGGUUCAAGAAGUGACUAUUGGCUCCCAUUAUGACACUCAGGACAGAGACAUGCGGGAUCCUGGUGGCUCUCUGGGGCCUGUGGAUGGCUACAACCCUGAUUUGAGGAAUUUAACUUUCUCCUUUACCUUUCUUGAUGCAGGAGACAUUGUCUUUCUCACCAGCGAUGGUGUUUCUGACAACUUUGACCCUGUGGUAGCUCAGUGUAAUCACUGUUCAAUUCCUGAACUGGUGCGAACCCACAGUCUCGAUUCCAUACUGCAUGAAAUCACAAGGAAUGCAAGAGACAAGGAAGAGAAUUUAUCCUUGACAAGUAGCAGCAAAAGCGACCAGGACAUUGUACGCCAUGAAACAUACGAUGUCCCCAUAGCAAGACACCAAAAGAUGCUUGCUGACAUGACAGAGGUAAUUGAGAAAGAAAGUCUUGAAGAUCACAUCUCGGCACUUGAUGUCUGUGUCAAGCUCCUCUCACAUGUUGCAGGGUGCACUGAUACAAAGCGCAAAUAUCUAGAGCAAAUGAACAAAGAUGAUCAACUUUUAACUACAACAGACAGGAGAUAUCGUCGAGCCAGAGACAGAGAAAUUUCACGGCAUAUGCGAGAGCUGCCAGGCAAGUUAGACCAUGCAGCUGUGGUGGCAUUUGAAGUUGGCUACUUCUCUACAGAGCCUAAGCAGCCAGAGCCAGAACAACAGACUAAUGGAAUACCCAGACCCAUCACUAACUUUUUUCGUAGACUUGCAAGAAAGGGAAGAUCGUCAGAGGAAGAAUAUAGCAAUUCUAUUGAGAUGGUUGCCACAGAUUCCUUUAAGGAGCUAUACUCCUUGUUUGGUAGUUAGAUGAUUCCCAUACAACUCUAUAGUGCACACAUUUUAUCAGGGUUGAAAGCCAAUUUUACUGAGAAGUUAAAACCAUGUUUAAAGUGACAUGUGCAGUUGUUUAUUUGCUCUUUUUUGCAACAUCCAUUUGUUUGAGAUAUAAUGGAGUGAACUUUCUUUUAAACUACCUCAGAAUAAGGAAAACCAACAGGACUUUUCCAUCUACAUGUUCUUUCUUCAGUCAUGUUUUUCAGAAUCAUGUGCACAUUCUUUCGUUUUUCUUACUUAAUAGUAGUGCUCAAAAGCCUCUAAGAAUAUUUGUAAGAGUAAUUUAGUUAAACAGUUGAAGAUUGGGGGUUCUAGAAGAAUACAAAGAGGCUGCUACACAGUAACACUACAAUUGGUAAUGGACUUUUUCCAUGUUUAGGUCAUUUUAUUUAUGCUUCUUUAAUUUAUUUUUUUUUCCUUUUUUAUCACUACAUUUAUUAAUCUCAAUAUGCCAAAAUUAUCAAGAAAUUUGAAAUCUGAGAUCUGGUAGCUUAAGUUAGAAUAUGUCUUCUUGCAAAUGCAUUUUCUAAUUUUUAUGUUGGUUCAUGGAGAAAAACCAACAAACAAUAGUUCAAAAUUUAGAUCACAUGACAUGACAUGUUAGGGAAGUAAAUGUUUAUUUUUUCUUUAGUUCUAAUGCAUCUCGGGAGUACAUUUUGAAAUCAUGUCACAAAAUUAAAGUGAAAAUCCUCAAUCAGAUUAUCUUUGUAACUAAUUAUAACAUUUCUUAUUAUAGAAAUAAAUUGCAGGAGUGCUAGUUGAUAAA